AUGGAAUCGUCAGUGGAGGUCAGAAAGCCAAAGACAGCGGCAGAGAUGCUCUUAUUCAGCGAGGAUCAUCUAAUGGUCGAUAAGUUGACGGGUGUUAAUAUUCCGUUCACUACUUAUCAAAGUCUCAAAAAGAUGGCUCCUUAUCUGGGACUUCCCAAUGCGAACGCGGUCAGCGAUUUUCUUAAAUCUCCCGAAUUCCACCGCCAUUAUGACUUGCUCUAUGAGUCUGCCAUCCAGCCGCGUAUAUUGAGAGAGCCUAACUCCAAAGGUCCCAGUCUCAAAACAGUGCAAAGCAUGAUCAUGGAAGGCGAAGCAUACGGUGACUGCAAAUACUCUGAUCCAGAUACGAAUAUGAAGGGUUGGCAGGAUGCUGAUCACUAUGCCUUAUGCUUGUAUCGGCUGUGUGUAUUUAAUUCGACUAGGCGCAACGGUAUAUUCCUCAACCGAAAUAUGAGCACGACCGAAAAGCAGGUCAGACUCUGGAUGUGUAUUGUGAGGGCAACCUCGGAUGCGAAUCGGCUUAUCACAAGAACCAAAGCUCAGAAGCAAAAGAGUUUGAGUAUUGACGAGGACUCUAGCGUAAGGGGACUCCUAGAUCAGCCUCCAUCCGCGGGUUUGUUUCGAGAUAAUUCUGGAACUCGGAUGCCGGAUAUCUACUCGACUCCUAACAAAUCACGAAAGCAACAUCAGUUCUCAUCUCCUCAAUCAACACUGGUGGAUAAACCCAACCAUCCCAUGAGAAUUCUGGAUCAAGCUGCACUAGAGGCAGCUGAACAUGUUAACGACCCCUUCCUCGAACACUCUCUUCGCUCGGAAGACCUGUCACAACAGGGUUCUUCAUGA